ACACACACACACACACACGCACGCCCCUUACAAGUGCCUGGGACUCCAAUCAAUGGCUAGCGUGUACUCACAGGAUAUUACGUUUUGGACGACAGUCAUUUUAAAAAUGCCCCCUGCCAGUAGGUUUUUAGUCAUUAAUCUCUGUGUGGUUCUUAACUGGCUCCCUCUAAGACGGGAGCAAGAUAUGUGGGCAUUUGGGACUGAUUUCCCCUCUCCCCUCCUCGAAAAUGGGAGUCGUCUAAUUUUCUUUUUCCGGCGUUAAAACUGAACAUUUAAUCCCAUAUAUAAUUUACAAACGCAGGUAUUUUGAAUGGAAACCAUGCACCUGCCGCAGAUGAUCCACCGGUAGGAGAUGUGGGGAAGGGGGAAGAGUCUGAGAGAAAUCCAUUCGCUGUGCUCAGGAAAGUUUGUAAGGGGGAUCCCAGUGUCCACAGUUGGCACUCUGUUGCGCGCCUUCUUGUCAUUUCCUUCAUACUUGGCUAGGCAGAAAGGCACCUCCACAAAUAUUUCCACAGACCUUCAAGUCCAUAGAUCGCCGAUACAUGCACAGAAUGUAUUUUUGGCGAAUGUGUUUCUAUAGCUGAAGAAGGGUCCCCUCGCCUUCUCCAAAAGGACCCCCUCCCCUUGCUGCCGUUCCUGCGGAUCAUGGUGAGACAUUUGAAGGGGAUCCAGGUUCCUGCUUUGCGCACCCUGGCUAUUUUUUAUUUUAAGUCGUAAGAGAGAGAGAGAGAGAGAAAAAAACAAACAAAAAAACAUAUAUUUCACGAGAAUCCGACUUAUAUCCAUGUUUGAUCAGGCCACUAUCAUGGGCGAUGGAGUCACCGAGGACAGAAGCCACAGCUGUGGAUCCAACGCGCUUUGUCCGGACAGAGCGAGGGACAAUAGGAGCCGUACCGAACUAGAAAGCCGAUCGCCCGGGCAGGGACACACCGACACCCCGGGGACCUCUGCUUCGACCCCGACCUCUUCCAAAGAGGAAGCAGAUGACAAACUUUCAGGGGUGGACCCCGACUACUGCAGGAGGAUUUUAGUUCGAGACGCCAAAGGGACGAUUCGGGAAAUAGUUCUCCCAAAGGGUCUGGAUCUGGACCGGCCCAAACGCACCCGGACGUCGUUUACUGCAGAGCAGCUGUACCGUCUGGAGCUGGAGUUUCAUCGCUGUCAGUACGUGGUGGGCCGGGAGAGGACAGAACUGGCGCGGCAGCUCAACCUGUCUGAGACUCAGGUGAAAGUGUGGUUUCAGAACCGACGCACCAAGCAGAAGAAGGACCAGGCAAAGGACUCGGACAAGAACCCUUCCUCCUCCUCCGAGUCCCUGGCCACCUGCAACAUCCUGCGUCUCCUGGAGCAGGGCCGUCUGCUGAAUGUGCCCCCUAACUCUCUGCUCAGCCCUUCGUCCAGCGCCCUGCCACACUCCACAGGCAACGGAAGCCCCAGCAGCACCUCCCUGGCAGUCAGCAGCACUCUGCCCAGUGCGGGGGCCACCUACGGGCUGUCGGUGCCCUCGCUGGGUGCGCCCACCUCCCCCCACCUCAGUGCCCCUUCCCUCUGCCUGCCAGUCCUGGGCAGCAUGCACGAAUUGCCAUCUAGCUAUGGCUGCGGGGCAUCGGCCUUUGAACCUUACACACGGAUUGAGAGAAAGGAGGCCGACUCAGGGGGCAGGAAGACCAGCUUUUAG